ACCUGAUAUAUUUCGGAUGCUCGGUAAUUUUUUUUAAUGAGCAAACGCGUUUUACAGACCCUUCGGUGAUUUUUAACCGAAUAUCGGGUUGAUUUAACUGAAAAAAUUGUAAAAGUUCAUUAAUUUUUAAGUUUGACGGAAUGUAACUUUAUUCUGGCGCAUCCAAAUAAUAAAUCCUCUUCUGGGAGAUUCAAUGAAAUCAUUAAAUCUUUAAUUAAGCAUCAUUUUUCUGUUUACCUCAAAACUAGAAUAAACUCUCCCUCAAAACUAAAAUAAAAUCUCUUUAGGGAUCUUGAGUCUCAAUUUAACACUCUUCGCUUAAAAUCGCUUAAUAAAUCCUGUUUCUCAAACAAUUGGUAUAAAAUUUAUAAUUAAUAAAAACUCAUUCUGUAACACAGAUAUGCUUCUAAGACAUCGCUCAGCUACAACGAUCAAUUUUUACAUUAUUCAAAGUCUAAGAAAAAAAAUUAAAAAACAUGCUUCGGAAUAAAACAAGCUACCAAAUGCUUAUACAAAUUUUAUGUAUACCUAGGAAAGCUCAAGUGAGAAACAAUGUGCAAGAGGAUGUAUUUAAAAAAAAAAUCAGAACAUGAUCACAAAAAAUGCGAAAAACUAUUGUAAAAACCGUACUUUCCAACCAAUGUCAUCAAUGCCAAUCAACUGUCGAAAUUGUUUCUAUUAGAACCUAAGAGUUUUGAAAAGUUUAUUAAAAAGUUUAGAAAAUUUGACCUCUUUAGAUUCACAAAAUACGAAACACAGAAUUUGUCACGAGUUGUCAAUGCUAGAUUUCUCCGGACUUUUUUUCAAUUUGCAAUUUCUCAGAUUUUUGGUCACCUAAUUUCUAGCUUGCACUGAAUUUAUUACGUUUUCUCCAAUGAAUAUUUUUAUUUAUUUGAAUACAUUUACGCUAGAUUUUCGUAAUGAAUUUAUAUUUCCCAGGAAUUUUCAUAAGUCUAGUGAAAUAAUCACAUCAGGGGCCGUUCAAACGCAAUUUUAGAUCAUUUUAUACCACCCCCACCCCAAUACUUAACAAUUUUUUAUCAGAUUUUCUUUUGAAAAUUCACUAACCGUAACAAACUGCUGUAGCCCUCCUUCCCCUAGUCCCUAAAGAUGACAAAAUGUGUUAAACAAAGUCAAAUUUCCAAUCUUCUUUUCAACAUUUUUGUACUGCGAUUGAAACAAUUUUGAUUGGCGAGCUUUUUGUUUGACACCUGCCAAUAACGAACGGUUUUUCAACUACUUUUGUCUUACCUUUUCAUAAAUAUAAACUAUUGCUAUUAAAUCAAUUUUUCAUCAUUUUCGCUGGCAACGGUUUGCAUGCGUUGAGAGAAAAAACUUUUGCUUUAUUGAAUUUUUUAAGUAUGUAUGAAUAAGGUGUCCAAUAUCGUCCAUUUCGUAUACUCAUAAAACUUUAGCCAGAAUUUGAGAAUAUAUGUAUGUAUAUUGCCUCCACUUUGGUACGUAAACGUUGUUUUUUUCAAGUUUCAUACGAUUUAUAUGAUAUGCCAAAAUCGAAUGUUACAAAGAACGAAAUGGUCUGUAUGCAAAAAUAAUAAUAAAUGUCAUGUUUGUUCUUAAUCAAAAUAUGAAAAAAAAGUUCUACCUAAAAUAAGUUGAUUUUUUGCAAAAUCCUGGCAUCUGGUAAUUGUUAGUUUCAUGAGACCCAAUUUUCUGCAAGGUUUAGAAAAUCUACUGAAGAUGAUUUCAUCAGAACAUUUCAAUGCUCUAUAAUCAAUAACUUUCUUGUAAAAAUGAUAUUUCUGAGAAUUUGACGUAAAAUCUGUCAGUGUUGCUAGUUUCUUUCCAUGAAAAAAAAUGCUCUGUUUGGGGCGUUAUAACUAUUUUCACGCUAGUCGUACGGCUUUUCUGUCUUCGACAAAGUUGAAGCCAGAGAAUUUUACAGUAAGCUACAUGUAUUGGAAUUUGAUUUUCAUUGCAACUAAAUAAAUAAUUUAACAAAAACCAAAACAGUCCCAUACUUCGAACAUAUUUUUGAAUUUACCAUACAAUAUUUGAAAUCAAAACCCUGGUAUCUAAAUCUCAUAUUAAAAACCUGUGAAAAUUCAUUAUAACGUUUUGACCAAAAAGGAAACUUUCCAGACUACAGAGUUUUUUUCGAAUUCGAGAAUAGUUGCAAAACGACACACCCUACUGUAUCACACUCUUGUCAAGGAAGCUGUCUGAAGUCGGCCUUGGCGUAGGUUUCGUCGUCCAUUAGCACGCAAUCAAACUUUGUCAACACUGUCGUAUACAGCUUCCGAGAUCUUGUUUCUACCGUGAGAUUUUGCUUAUCGUUGCGAAUUGGAGUCAAUUGGAUUCCGACUUCCUUAUUGUCGUAAAACGUUUUUCGAAUACUUUUAUUACUUUGGUAACGGUUGAUUUGGUCAUAUUCAACGAUUUUUAUUUUUCUGCGUGCUUGUAGUUUGUAAUUUCAGGACGCAUGUCCAAAAUUUUGAUUUGUAGCUCCUCUUGCUUGGACGCCAUUUUGAUAACUAAGGAUCUAAUGUACAAAUCCAAAUAGAAACAUCAUUCAACACAUAGACACUCUGAUUCUCCUUGACUCAGAUUUGUAGGGGAAAAAAAUCAUUCGCUAAAACUGGGAAAAUCAGAUUUUGAUUAUUAUUAUGGUACUAUUCAGAAAUGAAUAGUAAUGGUUUUCGUGCAUUCUGAGUUCUGAGUUCUGAGGCUUGUUGCAUGAAUCGACUGAAUGAAAACAAAUAAAAAAUUUAUUAAAUUUUUAAGCGGCUUUGACUGGAAUUUAGGAUUAAAAAAAGAAAUGGUGAUUGUACGGUGUAUUUAGGAGAUGGACGCUUUUUUUUAUCCGGUUGGUUCUAUUUUUACCACAAUUAGUUCGGUGCCACCGGACCAUUUAAUCGCAUCAAGUCGGUAUUGCUACGUGCCGUCCCACUGGGCACGCUCUCGCCAGCACUCUCUGUUUUAUUUUAGCUGUUCUGAAAAAAACAAGAAAAAAGAUACCAUAGGAGAAAUUGAUUUUAAAUUCAAAAUUAUGAGAAAAUUAUACUUGCAGUUGUGAAUGAUGGCUUCGGUAGAGAUUGCUGGAAGUUGUUUUCAUCUGUUUUGCUCGAAAAAGUGUGCGCCUUCGCUAAGUUCCAGACUUUGAAACUCACUAGAUAAAAAGAACUCAGAAUUUUGAUUGAUUACAACUCAGUUGUUUUCACCUUCAUAUCUGGUGCGUUUCCUGAUUAGAAAAAAUACGGCGAAUUUAAGUUGAACACUUUUUGAUCCAUACGACCUUUAUAGCUUCGUAUUUCAGCUUUUUCAACCACUAAGUAAUUUCUGAGAAUUUGGUAGCAUGGUCAUUAUCCGAAGCAUCAUUUUAUGAUUUUUUUUUCUAUGACUCCGAAUAUGGUGGAAAUGCAAUGUUGUAGCUGAAUAUUGUCUAAGAAUUAUUUUUUUUAUUGUUUUUAUUAUUAAGACUAUCAGCCUUUAGCUGAUUUGUCUCUUGAAUCACAUUUUAGUUACGAGAUUCUUAAAACUAUAACUUUUCUACAAACCGGUUUAGAAACAAGAGAGACUUAUCGAUUUGAAGCAAGAAUGUCAAGUUGCCACUCCAAGAACUCCAACGGGGAAAAAAUAGGACGGAUUAGGGUUAAUGAAUACCUUAUAUUUACUAAAAAUCACAUAGAUAAUUCAUUUUUUUAUUGUUUUGUACGGCUAUUUCAUCCUCUGGAAUGAUUCAUCCUUGAAACAGAUAAUUUAAGAAAAUUUGACUCUGGUUUUAUUACCUAAUGCAUGACCUUUUUUUAAAGGGAGUUUAACUCCCAGGGUCAUUCUUUCCUAGUAUGAACAAUUUUUUUUUUCCAGGAAUUUACCACACUGUGGCAUUCUUCCCUUAGUAUGAACAAAGCUGAAUUUGAAUCAAUCUAACAUGGGAGCAACAUAUGGUUAUAGCGAUGGAUACUCUUGUGCAAAGUCGUUAACGCCUGACAAGAAUGUUGCAGUUUUUAACCAAUAAAUUAUAAAUUACAGCUUUUAAAAUAGGAAACCUGUGAAUUACGCUAAUUAAAUCACCGGUUGCUGUGUACUUCAAAUCUAGUGGAUAUUUUUUUGUGAUAGAUCCAGUAUUUUGUCAAACGAACUUAGAUAACUUCUAAGGAAAACUCCUUAAAGUAGACUAAACCGAAUGAACGAUACUGCAAGUGUCGAGCGCCCUUCCAAAAAUGGCGGGAAAGCAACCUUUCGGUUGCUGGUGUGCUCCUGUUGAACAUAACCACAUAUCCUAUUGUGCCGUUGUUGGGAGCACUUUUCUUCCUGAUUUUGUCUGUCCCCGGUGGCACUUUUGAUAAACGUUUUUUGUUUCUGCUCACUCUCUCUCUCUCUUCUACCUCACCGGAAAUUCGGCUCCUAUCAGCAAAGGGCCGUCCGAUCGACGACGUCAACGGAACCGUUUGGACCGGCUGUAGUUAUGGUGGCAAAAAUGUCAACAGAAGUCCCCAACCUGGUCCCAAACCCAAGCGUUUCCUCGUCAUCAUCAGCGCCGGUGGCGAAUCAAGUGGAGGAAGAAGACCGGCCACCAUCAUCGCCGGGAAUCGGCAAUCGGUGCAAAUCUGCUCUGGCCGGAAUCGACGAGGGCAGCCGGGAAAGUGGCGGCUCCACUAGUAGCCGAAGUAGCAGUCUAAGUGGGGGUGUUAGUGGUGGAAAUGGUAUUGUUGGCGAGGAAAAUGGGACUGGAAAAUUGCCACCACCACAACCAGUAGCUUCACCGACGAAGAAAACUGGCGGUGGCAUGCUGGUGGUUCAAGUGAAAUAUAGCAAUAACAACAACGGCGAAGAAGAGAAAUUGCAAUCCGUGCUUCAGUUGGAACAUGCCUGUGAAGAAUCGCCAAUCUUCUGCAACAACUCGCUCGCUAGUGACAACCAAUGUUGUACCUCGAUACCGAAGCUUUCGUCGCAGUGUGAAAAUGGCGAAGCAAGUGAAGUUAAUUACGGCUUAACGAGAAGCAAUUCAAGACCGUCCACUGGAAGUAUCAUCGGCGGCGUGGCGGGUUCGGAGGAUUUGAAUCUUCUGUCCCCGAACAACUCCCGGUCCAGCAUGAGCCAAACGCAGUCGCCGACUCACCUGACGGUCGGUGGUUCCGGGUUAAUCGACGCCAGCUGUUCCCAGGAGGAGCUCGACGAGGUCGGAACUUUCUUCGAAGAUCAUGCGGCAGCCAUCGAGCGGUGGUUCCGAGAACGGGCCCCGGUUGAUAUCAUCGCCAAGUUGCAAUCCAUCGCCAUCGAUGGCGGUGGGUCGGGAAAAUCUCCUCGUUCACCGCAUCGAGCAUCCGUCACAUCCGACCUCUUCAAUCAGUGGCUGGCCUCGUCCCCAGUCAAGAAAUGUCGCUCCCCAACGUCCCGCAGCUCGAUCUCCAACCGCAGCCACUUGGCCGAUCUGGACGAGGGUGAAUUAUUCAUGGAGCUGAUUCGGGAUGUGGCCAACGAGCUGGACAUCGAUGUUCUGUGUCACAAGAUUCUAGUCAACGUCAGCCUGCUGACUCACGCCGAUCGAGGUUCACUGUUCCUAGUCAAAGGUCCCCCUAAUGGCAAAUAUUUAGUAGCCAAGCUGUUCGAUGUUACCCAAAGCACACCCCUCGAUGAAGCGGUUCGGCGAGCCAAGCAGGACGAGUUGAUAAUUCCGUUCGGGGUUGGCAUUGCCGGAACGGUGGCCCAGAUGAAUGAAACCAUCAACAUCAAGGAAGCGUACAAAGAUCCGCGUUUCAACAGCGAAGUCGACCAAAAAACUGGAUACACAACCAACAUAAUCUUGUCGAUGCCGAUUUGCAACUACGAAGGGCAGGUUAUUGGAGUAGCUCAAAUUAUCAAUAAGACUAAUGGAUCUCCUGAGUUUACCGAACGAGAUGUGGAAAUAUUCCGGCGGUAUCUGACAUUCUGUGGAAUCGGGAUCCAAAAUGCACAGCUAUUUGAAAUGUCCGUCCAAGAGUACCGCCGGAAUCAGAUCCUGCUGAACCUGGCCCGGAACAUCUUUGCCGAGCAAAACAAUCUGGAAUGCUUGGUGACGAAAAUCAUGACCGAAGCCAGAGAACUGCUCAAAUGUGAACGAUGUGCUGUGUUUUUGCUCGAUUUGGACUGUGGAGAAGCGAAUGCAUGUUAUGAUCUGGAAAAUAAUCAGUAUAGGGUCAAGCAGAACCAUCUGGAGCGGAUGUUGGACCGGCCGGAAAAGGCUCAUCAAACGUUAUCGCGACGCACCAGUCACAGUGCAGACGUGGAGGAUGUCGUCGACCGGCAGCAACCAAUCUCCACCCGGUUUACGAUGAUCUUCGAGCUCGGUGGGGACAAUUCGUCCGCGGCCAAUAUUUCGCGUCCAUCGGUGAACGACUUGAAUAACUCGACCCUGGCGCAGAUUGCGGAAUAUGUGGCCCGUACCGGAGAAACGCUCAACAUCCAGGAUGUCGAGGAAUGGCUCAAGGACAAACCCAUCUAUCAUCCUCAGCAGCAACAAAUCGCAGCCGGAGAAGGUCACCAGCAACAGGGUUCCGGCAACACUUCCGGUGAAACGGACGAACUCAGCGCCCGGACCAUCCUCUGCAUGCCAAUCGUCAACGGGCAGAAAAAUGUGAUUGGUGUCGCUCAAUUAAUUAAUAAGGAUAACAAUCUACAAUUUACGAGCUGUGAUAUUUCCAUCUUCGAGGCAUUCGCCAUCUUCUGUGGCCUGGGUAUUCACAACACCCAGAUGUACGAGAGUGCCUGCAAACUGAUGGCCAAACAGAAGGUGGCCCUCGAAUGUUUGUCCUACCACGCGACAGCCCCACCGGAUCAGACGCUCAAACUAGUCAACGAUUCCAUCGCCUCGGCCGAGGAGUACAAGCUGUACAGCUUCAAGUUUAUCGAUUUCGACCUGGAUGACGACGACACAUGUCGAGCAGCUGUUCGGAUGUUCCUUCAAUGCAACCUGGUGCAGCAGUUCCAUAUUCCAUACGAUGUCCUCUGCCGUUGGGUUCUUAGCGUAAGAAAGAACUAUCGCCCAGUUAAAUAUCACAAUUGGCGCCAUGCGCUGAACGUCGCUCAGACCAUGUUUGCCAUGCUGAAGACGGGCAAAAUGGAACGCUUCAUGACGGAUCUGGAGAUUUUGGGGCUGCUGGUGGCCUGUUUUUGCCACGAUCUCGAUCAUCGAGGUACCAACAAUGCGUUCCAGUCGAAAACGGACAGUCCGUUGGCGAUCCUGUACACCACCAGCACCAUGGAGCAUCAUCAUUUUGACCAGUGUGUCAUGAUCCUGAACUCCGAGGGAAAUAAUAUCUUUCAGGCCCUAUCGCCGGAGGAUUUCCGGACGGUGAUGAGGGUCGUCGAAACGGCCAUCCUGUCGACUGAUUUGGCCAUGUACUUCAAGAAGCGCAACCAGUUCCUGGAGCUAAUCGAGGGUGGUGAAUUCGAUUGGCAGAGCGAGGAAAAGAAAGACGUCCUGUGCGGCAUGAUGAUGACGGCCUGUGACGUGAGUGCGAUCGCCAAGCCCUGGGAGGUCCAGCACCGGGUGGCCAAACUGGUGGCGGACGAAUUCUUCGACCAGGGCGACUUGGAAAAGCUCCAGCUCAAUCAACAGCCCGUGGCGAUGAUGGAUCGUGAACGCAAGGACGAACUUCCAAAGAUGCAGGUCGGCUUCAUCGACGUCAUCUGCUUGCCCCUCUACAAGGUCCUAUCGGAUGCAUUCCCCUGGAUCCGGCCCCUGUACGAUGGCACCCUGGACAACCGCCAGCACUGGCAGGAUCUGGCCGAGAAGGUCGAGAUGGGCCUAACCUGGAUCGAUCACGACACCAUCGACAAACCGGUGGAGGAGUUUGCCUCUGGAAAAGAAGUUCUAGCGGACAUCGAGUUUACCGUGACGACCCUGAACUGCGCCCACCCUGAGGGGGAAAAGACUGACACAACUCCGGUGCACGAGCGCAAACCACGCUUCAGCAGCCUGCGGAAAACCGGCGCACUCGGCAAGGCGGUCCGCAAUAAACUGUCCAAAUCAGUCUACAGUAGCCAGACGACAAUAGGAAGUGGACCGGAUCAGCGUCCCGUUUCGGGAGGAGCUCAAUCCAGUAAGGAAGAUGGACGUGAAUCCUCCGGAGAUCACUCCACAGAUGGAGAUGUCAAUCAUUCCACCAACCAGCACUGCACAACUCCUCAAACUCCCGCAGGUCCUGGUUCAGGUGCAUUCAGCACUAGCUGUGCAACGACGCCCUCAGGUCUGGAACCGGAACCUACGUUGAAAUCGGUUGCUGCUAGCAGCGCUGUCGUCAAGCCGGUCAAAAAACGCUCCAAGCUGUGUAUGCUUUUGUGACCGAAGUAUUACGAGGGCAGCGAGCCGAAUGGGGGUGAAGAUGGGAAUAAAGAAAAUGCGGUCUAAGAGGUGAAUAUCCUCCCAGGAAUCUACCGACCCAUGUUAUGAAUAAAUAGCUGUGUUUUAGCUGUAACAUUCCGAUAGCUGUGUUUUUUCGGGAAUAAUUAGUAUAGAUAUUAGAACGUUGCAUCGAUCGUGUCGACAUACGUUGCGGUGCUAACGUGGUCAAGGACUACAGAUUAAAAAAAAAUAGAAACAGUUAAUGAAGCGCGACACAAGUUGGAGUUUGAUUCACUCCAUUUCUCGAUUCAUAUUUCCUUAACUGUUGUCUAUUAAACCACACAAAUUACCAAAACGUAUGUUGGUUCGUGGAUAACUUGAAAACCCCAGAUGAAAAUUGAGCAUUAGCAUUAGUCAGAAGGACGCAUUAGCCUAAAACUUGCGGUAUUGUUUUAGCUAACACGGUCAAAGGAGCAAAAUAAAUAAACAAAAAAGACAACUCUUGAAAUACCUAGAUGUCAAUCUAAAGGCCCAGUUUUUUGGAGGAAUGUAUUUUAUAUGCAUGUACCACUUAAGUCAAGAAAUGAUUCGCAAAUCUCAAACCAAACUAUCCCGCCAUAAUCGACUUGUUCUAAUUCUUGCAAGCACAUCUCCAAUUCCUUACCAAACAAAAACAAGACAAGAAAACGAUCGCAAUAUCUAGUUUGUAACUUAAACGCUAAUAUUCCACUGAGGAAAUCGAACAAUUGCAAAAUCUUUGUAAGAUAUAAAACCAGAAUGGUGCUUUCUCUGAUUAAAUACACAAAAGAAACAAAAGCAGCAGUAGCUAUGUUAGUUAAAGUAUAGCGAAUAACCUCCUAGAUCUGUUAGUCUGUACCUUUAACUCGAGUGCAACUUUGAUAAAGAAUGUUUGGAUAGCACACACACUAACAAAUACACACCCUGCAGCGUAUUAGCUAAUUCCUCCAGUCCAAGUUUUAUUAUUUCCAUGAGCUAGAGAAGAUCUAUCAUGUCAAUUUGUGCCACCAUCAAUGAAUUUCGCGCAGAAUUGUACACUUGUGGUGAGUGAAUUCAACAAUUUGAUGAUCAUGAUGAUUUUGAUCUAUACCUACACAAUCAGCUGAACGGAAACAACGCUUUGCACAUCUUUGUGUUGAACACAAAUGGAAAACCUACCUUAUAUGUAGAUUCAACAACAUGCUAGUCAGUUAACCUGUGUAAGGCGAAUUAUGUGAAACAUUGUGUACCUUUAGCCGUUAGAAUUGUCGAAUGGCGUAAAGCAAAACUUAUUGUUGCUUUGUGAUGACAGAAUUAUGAUAAGUUGUAUGUUUGUAUAGAACUUAAGAAGCCGCUCACACAAUAUGUGGUGUUAUGUUUCGAUGGAAAUGCAGCAAAUAUAUUUAUUUGAAAAGAG